AGUCCAAGUUGAGCAGUGUUGUGUUGUUUACAUUCAAAGGUCUGAAAUAAUUCUGUGCUGUGCAUUAAAAAGGAGCAGAAAUGCUGCAAAAGUUGUCCAACUAUCUAGUCAGUACCCUCUCGAGACGGAGUUUCAUCGCAAUCCAUCAUCCCCGGAUAUGCAGUAUUCACACGGAACAACAACAGCGACAGUCAAAACCCUCCGGUCUACCCUCGGAACAGCACCGAAACAAUCACAACAGGAACCGAAGUCAUUGUAAUCCCGUUCCAAUCCUGGCGGCCAGCACAUUCCUCUCGUGGUUCAGCAAAAAGGACGAUGAAGACUCGCCGGAGAGUAAACUCAUCACCACGAUUAAAAUGUCAAUACUGAACAUCCAGCGGGAAGAGUAUAAGAAAGCCGAACAGAUGCUGCACAUUGCUCUCAAAAUGGCCCAGGACUUGCAGAGCAAGGACGGAAUCACCUACAUCUACGACAUUAUGGCCAAUCUGGCAAUGGAGGUCGGUGAUUUCGCUAAAGCGGAAAAACUAUUCGUGAGCGUUAUGCAGCGGCUAUUCGCCGAUGGUUUCCUCGAGGAUCACAUGAAAAUGCUGCACAUUAGUUCAAAAAUAGCGCACCUUUCACAACUGCAAGGUCACUUGGAUAAAGCCGUGCAGGGUUUCGAGUGGACACUAGCUAAGCUGGAGGAAAAGCUAAAACUGGUCGGCGAGGACAGUGAAAUACGCGAACUAUGGGGAAUAACUAAAAACUGGUAUGCCCAGCUGUUGAUGGAUAUGAAACGGUUUGCCGAGGCAAAAAGUUGCUUCCAGCAGGCAUACGAUGCCUACACCGAAAUACAUGGGAAGUUGACCGAGGAAGGGCUGAUGAUACUCAAUAACUUAAGUGUGGCUUGCUCGAAUUUGGAAGAUUAUGCCACCGCCGAAAAAUACCUGCUAGAAGCAAUCUCGCUCGCUGCUCAGAUACCGGAUCUAACUGAGGCUGGAAUAUAUCGUGCCAAUCUGGGUCUGCUGUAUCUUCAGCAGGGUAUGCUGAACCAGGCAAAAGAAUUUUGUUCCUUCGCUUGGAAGUACGGCAAACACCACAAGCACGAAGAAACUGUGAUACAGGCCAACUACUGUUUAGAACAGGUUAGGUCGAUGCAAAAGUAAGAUUCUUUGGACGAAUGUAGAUUCGAUUUUAACGCAGAGAUAUUGAGACAAAUAUGAAAUUAUGUACAUACAAGAAAAAUUCUUGUUUAUUGCUGUUAUAUUCGUCCCAGAGCCUUAGAAGGCGCAAUACUUGUUUAAUAUAUAUUCAGAAUAAAGUACAGUCAUAAAUUGCAAAUGUUA